CAAAAAUCCGACAAGCAAAAAAAGUUUUCCAGCUGUGAAAAUUUCGCAAAAAAAUUGUGAAAAAGUUGUGCAAAACCCGCUUUGACACUCGUGAAAUCAUGUGCGAAACGUAGAUAAAUACGUUGCUUGACCAUUUAAGUUGAAAUUUGGAUGUGAAACCUAAUUUUUGAGUUUAAAACGUGAACGGAAGAACAUAUUUGGUACGUCGUCGGCAUCCGAAACACACAGACGCGAGAAAAAUCUCCAUAAAUUUUUAAUUUUUUACGACGCGGCGCAACGAUGGAAGUGCAUCAGAACGGCCAAACUCCGUUAAAAUCGCAAAUUGCGCCACUUAUGAGUACGCCGCCCGGUUCGCUUCUCAUGACAAACAACAACAACAAUGGCAGCAGCGGCAAAAGUGACAGCAGCGGCGGCAGCGGGAAACGCAAAAACGACAAACCGCACAUCGGGUCGUCGCCAAAGCGAAAUCGCACCGGCAACAACAAGCAACAGAACGGCGAUGCGCCCGUCAAUCAGACGAAAAAUACCGUCGCGUUGCUCAAUGAGCUCCGGAAGAACGUCGUUUACGAGGUUGAGUCGCAAAAUGGACCGGUGCAUGCGCCCGUUUUCACCAUGAGCGUUGUGGUUGACGGCACAAAGUAUUACGGCAAAGGACGCAGCAAGAAAAUUGCACGAGCGGAGGCAGCUGCGGCAGCCCUUCGUGACUUUGUGCAGUUCAAGGAUUCGACGGCGACGCUUGCCCUCACGCCAAACGACCUGAAAAACGUUGACUUUACCAGCGACGAGCAACUCGAAAACGGUACAAAUUUGCAAUCUGCACCCCCUACUUCUACUUUACUCCAUCAUACUACUAGUAGCAAUAGUUCUUGCAGCACAAUUAUCGCUUCCACAAACAAUAUUAAUAACAAUAUUUUGACUAGUGAAGCGAGUAAUUCAUUGACAUUAUCAUUACAACCUGAGUUAAUUGAGAAUGUGCAACGUAGUUUAGCUUUGCAUAGUUCCAAAACAAAAACACUCCUCAGUGAGACAAACAAUGGGACAGAGUUGUGGGUACAGAGACUAGAAAAAAUUACCAAGUCACUCGCCGCUCAAGCCGAACAGGGCAAAAAUGUGUGCGAAAAAGGUCCCGUAAUGUUGCUCCAUGAGAUUUUCAGCGACGUGCAGUUUGAUUGCUUGUCGAGUGACGGACCGCAACACUCCAAGUUCAAAGUUCAAGCCAUGGUGACAAAUAAAAAGUUUGAGGGAACAGGUCCUUCGAAGAAAGCGGCGAAAAAUGCAGCAGCAAAGGCAGCUCUUGCUUCGUUGUGUAACAUUUCGUACAGUCCGUUGCAGCAAACGGCGAUUGCAGUACCAAAAGCGUCGACGGAGGAUGGAAAGGAUGUUGAAUUGCCACAAACGUUUGCGGAUGUGAUUGGAAAAUUGGUGCUCGACAAAUUCUCCGACAUCAUGAAAGGCAAAGAGCAAUACGCACGUCGCAAAGUUCUCGCUGGCAUCGUAAUGACCCGCGACUCCGACACCUCUUCGGCACAAGUUAUUUGCGCAACUACCGGCACCAAAUGCGUCAGUGGCGAAUACAUGAGUGUCUCUGGUACCGUUGUCAACGAUUGUCACGCCGAAAUUGUGGCACGUCGUUGUCUCAUGGAAUACUUUUACCAACAACUCCGCUUGCAUUCGUCAGAAUUCCCCCCAGAACGCGCCAAGGACUCAAUUUUCCUGAAACCCGAGAACGGAAGCGGAAAAUAUCGCCUGCGACACGACAUCCAGUUCCAUUUGUACAUCAAUACGGCGCCGUGUGGCGAUGCCCGAGUUUUCAGUCCGCACGAAGCUGACACGAUUAAUGGGGACAAACAUCCGAACCGGAAGGCACGCGGGCAGUUGAGGACUAAAGUUGAGUCGGGAGAAGGAACGAUUCCGGUAAAAAGUUCGGAGGGGAUUCAAACGUGGGAUGGGGUUUUGCAAGGAGCGCGUUUACUGACGAUGUCUUGUUCGGACAAAAUUGCGCGAUGGAACGUUCUGGGCUUGCAAGGAUCUUUGUUGUCGUCGAUUAUUGAGCCGGUUUAUUUGACGUCGAUCGUGCUCGGGAGUCUUUUGCAUCCGGAUCACAUGUAUCGCGCCAUCUGUGGGCGAAUCGAAAAUGCCGUGCAAGGUCUUCCGCCGCCAUACAAGAUGAACAAACCGAAAUUGGCGCUCGUGACGUCGUCAGAAGCUCGAAGUCAACUCAAACCGCCCAACUUUUCCGUCAAUUGGAUCAUCGGAUGUGAGGAUGUCGAAGUAGUGAAUGCCUUUACGGGUCGUCCCGAGGGCGGCACGAGCACCAGUAAGACAUCGCGCCUCACGAAACAAAUGUUUUUCCAGCGAUACGCGUCGCUGAUCAAAGUUUUGCCGCAAAUCGAGAAGCACGAGAUCACGGAGGACUACAGCGACGCCAAAAUGGCCGUCAAGGACUACCAGAUGGCGAAAAAGGAACUUUUUGCGGCCUUUCAACGCGAGGAUUUCGGCACGUGGUUGAAGAAACCCAUCGAGCAGGACCAAUUUGUGCUGCUCGACUACAACGACAAAUGACUACCCCAGCAAAAGGAGCCGGAGCCCGAGAAGCCCGUUGCCCCGAAGCCAUCGCCCGUCGUCGUCGCCGCAUCAACGAUCUGUCAAUUCAAUUCUAAAAAACCUGUGAGCAAUUAUUGUAUGAUUAGGAAUAAGAGCAAAAGCAUUCGAAAACUCAACCGCAAAGCGUCCCUUGCCGCGAAAAAACCCCCUGGGGGCAAAAAUAACAACAACAACUACAACAACAAGAACAAAAAUGAUGACAGUUUAUUAUUUUUCUCAGAAUAGUGUCAGGUCUUUGUACUUGGAUUAAGUAAAAGUGGUGUCACAGUACAACAAUGAGGCUUUUAACUCACAUUUUAAACAAAAAAAAAACAUAAAA